AUGGCAGGGAGCGGGACGCCGGCCAAGAGGAACGCGGGCGCGAGCGCCGCCCGGGGACCCGGCAGCCUCCAGGACCCUCCGCCGCCUCUUACCGACUCGGCCUCGUCUCCGCACAGCAGCCGGGCCGUCCGGGGCCGAGCCGGGGCGCGUCAGGGCGGCCAGCGCGGGCCUCGUCCGAGUCUACCCGGGCAGCGGCAGGAGAGGGAGUGGGAGCCAAGCGAGCCGGGGCCGCGGCGCCGCGUCGGCCCGAGGAAGCGCGGGAAGAAGCGGGGAUCCGAGCCCUCAAGCCCACUGCGGGGCCGCUACCAUCGCAGCCGCCGCCGCCGUCGCCGCCGCCGCCGCCGCCGCCGGCCAGCCCUGACGCGACGCCAGCCGGGGACGUCAGCCACCCGCGACGCGCCGGAAGCGGGCUGGGUUGUAUCACGUGGUACUCGAGGGCCGGGCUGGCGCGGCGCAGCCGAUUGGAGGACUAUAUUGGGGAAAUGCGAGUGUAGAACCAUAAUACUUGCUAAAAUAUUUAGCAACUGUGCAUGUAACUUGCAGCAGGGAAAUACAACUCAUCCUCAGAAACAAGACAGUCCAGGCCUCUGUGGAGAGAAUUCAUUCCUGGCAUUUCCAAAGGCUCUGGUCUUUGUACCUGUACUGUUCAGUAUUGUCAUCAACGAUUUAAACUUUUCUUGCGACUUCCUGGAUGGAGACAGUUCUUUUGAAUGCUGCUCCAUAGACCCCCUGACAGGCUCCCACUAUAUCUGCCGCAGAAGCCCCCGACUCCUCACCAAUGGCUACUACAUUUGGACUGAGGACAGUUUCCUCCGUGACCCAGAUGGCCACAUCACUUUGAACCCCUCCCAUACCAGUGUGAUGUACAAGGAGAACUUAGUUAGAAUAUUUAGAAAGAAAAAGAGAACCCACCGUUCUCUUUCUUCUCUCUUGGAUCCCCGAGCCUCUAAGUCUUGGCUGCAUGGAAGUAUCUUUGGAGAUGUUGACUCACUCCCAAGUGAGGAUCUCUGGCUGGAGGGAAUCAGUAGCCUUGACAAAAGGCAACUUAAAGGAGGAAGGGCUUAUUUGGCUCACAGUUUUAAGGUCUACAGUUCAGCACCGCAGGGAAGAUCUGAUGGCAGGAGAGUGGAGCAGCUGGUCACAUUGUGUCUGAGUGUCCAGAAGCAGAGAGAAAAUAGGAGAGAAAGCUCCCAGAGUUCUUCUCCUCAGCUUCAGAUGAAAGCAUCAGGGCACUUCGAAAAGAACAGUUUGGUGCAUUCAAGAGCUGGCUUGAUGCAUAAGAUCUCCUUUCAGGCAAUCCUUCUAGUGAUGUGUUUAAUCAUUUCUGCAUGUGCAAGAUGGCUCGUGGGAGGAGAAUUACCCAGCAUCUUCACAUGUGCAUUGCUGAUCACAAUAGCUUAUGUUGUGAAAUCACUGUUUCUCAACCUUGCCAGCUAUUUCAAAGCCACCACCUGUGCUAGAUUUGCCAGCACUUGAAAAAUACAUGUGAUGAAUGUCUUCGAUCUGGGAAGAAUAUCUGGGAACAGUAAUUUGGAGUCUUCUUGGAAUCAACCAUUUUAUUGGAAGGGAAUGAGCAAAUGGAUAACAGAAAAAUUAAUCUAACAAUGUUAUUUUUUCUAAAAAAUCUUAAUUUCCACAUGUAAUUGGUUUAUGACAAUAAUAUUAAUUUUCCUUUCUUUCAAAAAAGACUGUCAGUUGUAAGAGAAGGGACAGGAGAAAGUAACAGAGGACAGACCGCCUGGAGUAAUGUUCCUUUGUUGUCCCUAAUACAGUGGACCUCAAAUAUUUAUCUUGAUUAGAGAAUUCUGUGAGAGGCUUGGACCAUGAAUAUCUUACAUCUGCCAUCAUGCAGCUAUGCCUUGAAAACCUACUUUAACUAAAUGGUGCAAACAAGCUUAUAUUACUGAUAAAAGCUGCAUAGGAAAUAGACACAGUUUGUACAUACAAUAAAUGUAUGCUUUUGGAGAUAUACAUUAAUUUUAGAUGGUAGAAUUUGGUGCUAUGGUUUAUUUCCAGAUGUCCAUGUGCUGAAAACUUUGAUUGUCAGUGUGACAAUGUAAAGAGGUGGUAGGACUUUUAAAAAACAGGGCCGAUGGAGUGGGAUAUCCUACAUCUGAGGAAACUUCACUCAGGAUGUAUACAUGGUCUGUCUCUGGCUAUCUGUCCAGCUGUAUGAUCACUUCCUCCCAUGUCCAUCAUGUAAUGGGGUGCUAUCUACCUCGAAACUAUCACUAAAAUGAAGCAUAUGUUGGCACUAUGCAUCUGAACCUGCAGAACUGUGAGCCAAGGGGAUCCCUUUUCAUCACUCAGUACUCUACCUUGAGUAUUUUAUUACAGUAGUGGGAAAUAGACGAAGAGAGAGAGAGAGUGAUCAUUGAGUAGGGUAGACCUAUUCCUUGGAUUACAAGUUCUUCUCUUGAACGAUUUUCCACUCUUAGUCCCCCCAGGGGGGAAUACUGAUCAUCUUUCAUUCAUAUUUUGAUGAAAAUAUGAUAUCUAAAAAUUCUUUAAGUGAAAAAUAAAGGAAAAAUAGUGUUUUAAAGCAUAUGAAAAUGGUAAAGCUAUGUAAUGGACUGAAAAGUUGUAGAAGACCUUCAGUAUUCUUACCUCUCACCAGGAACAUUCAGAUACAGCCUGCUGAGGAUGCUCCAUGGUGAGAAAUGUCUGUGUAUAGAAACUACAUACUUUUUAAUUGAUACCAAAUUAAUCUCUUUUAUAUCUAUGAUGGUUAAUAUUCACUGUCAUCUUGACUGUAUUUAGCAUCACCCAUGAGACUCAACAUUAGGUAUGUUUAUAUAGUUGUUUGUACAGAGGUUGAAGAGAGAAGAUCUACCCUAAACAUGGGUACCAUUGUCCCAUGGGCAAAAUAAAAAAAAAAACUAAAAAUCUUCUGGACAGAAUAAAAAAGAGGGAGAAAAAAAAGAGAGCCAAGCACCAGCAUUCAUCUUUCUCUCUCUUUCUUGAUUGUGGACACAAUGUGACUCUUUACUCGGGUUCUGGCUCCUUGUCAUCCUAUCAUGGGCUAUAUCCUUAAACUUUUGAGUCAAAUAAACCUUUCUUUCCUAAAUUACUUUUGUCAGGUGUUUUGUCAAAGCAGUAAGAAAACUAAGUAACAUAAUUCCAUUUGUCUUCUGUACUUUUUUGGUUGAAUAAACUUAUACUAAUGAGUAAGCAGACUCACCAUCAAA